GAAGGAUUGAUGAAAAGUAGCAAAGAAUUUUCUACGUGGUGAUGAAUUGCUAUACUCUAUUUCAAGCACCAUGAAGGCCCGACGAAGUCUUCAAGAGCUUAUCCAAGAUGCCGGGAUUACCCCAGUCCUUGUCCGACAGCCUUGUCUACCGGCUCCUUCACAGCCUGCAAAUAUCGCAAGUGAAGAGGACCAUACGCAAGCCCGAAACCUACUCGUGGAUCAGAGACGAAACAAUCCAGAUUACCGAGACCCAGGCAAGCAACUGAAAUACAUUUUUAGGACCUCGAAAGAGAAGGGGAAGCUCCAGGAUACUGAAAGAUGGGAAUUCUCCCAGGAGGAACUUGACCAGGCGCUUUCGGCGGUCAUUGACAAGCCUGCAACGAGUUCUGGACUAGUACAGGCUUUUCUGAACCUCGGGGCGAAAGUUAAUUUCAUCGAACCUGAAGAUGAGAAAAAGAACAAAGGAUUGAAGAAGGCUGGUGCGGCGGCUCGACGGCGAAGCACUGUCCUGCAGCGUGCUGCUACUUUGAGAAGGGCCGACUCUGUCAGUCUCCUUGCAGGCUCCGGAGCCGACCAGGUAGCACUGGAUGAGGCACUAAACGCGGCGUUGGCCGCGAAUGAUUAUUCCUGUAUCCAAGAGUUACUUCGACACGGUGCAGAUUGCAACAGGUUCCCGAACGCGCUCGCUGAUGCUGUCAGAUCGAAUAAUCAAAAUCUCAUUCGCUUGCUUUUAAGGGCUCCGAAAGCUUUUCGCCCGGAGAUCAUUUCAUCAUGCCUUCCCGCAGCUGUCCAGCAAAAGUCCGAGCCGGUCAUAUCUUUGCUCAUUGGGUACGGUGCUGAUCCAAACUUCAAUGGAGCUAGUGCUCUCAAUAUGGCACUCACAGCUCGGGAAUACCGGCUAGCCAUUGCUUUGGUCGCUGGGCCAAUACCAUUAACGGUCUUCUCAAUCCAGGGUUGCCUCGAACCUGUUUUAAGAAUGCCAACUGCUCAAGAGCUUCACCACUUCCUCCAACUUUUGUUUUGUUGUGGUCUCCCUCCAGAUAGUCCUGGUCUAUCCGGAAUUCUCCUCACAGCUUCAAAGCGCAACGAUACCCCCCUAGCGCUGUUAAUGAUCCACUAUGGAGUUUCAACAGCUUUGAACGAGGCCGAGUGUCUACGAAAUGCCAUAGCCAACUCGAAUUGGGCGCUCGCUAAUGCGAUUCUCGAAACCCCUAUCUCUCCUGCCCAUGCAUCGGCUGCUCUCGCUGUCCUCCCGGCUGAUACCUCUAAAUCUGACAGGUCGCGCUUCAUAAACACUUUAGUACAGAAAGGUGCUAGCGGCCCACCCCUAGGACGCUGGCUCAUAUUAGCUGUGGAUGAAGGCGACUCGUUAUUAACGGACAUUCUCGUCGAUGCCGGAGCUCCACUCGACUUUGGGGACUAUAGAGCCAUCUAUGCAGCGGUAGCGAGAAAGGAUAUACGAACUCUUCAAAAGCUCUUAAGCGUGCGACCACCGCCAUCAGCUCUUGCCAAAGUCUUCCCUCUUCUCCGCCAAGGAUACUCUUCAUCCGAGCGAUUGGAGACUGCACGUAUCCUCCUCGAACAUGGUGCUCAAGGCGUAGAGAUAGACACCGCACUCGUUGACGCAAUCGCGGAUACAUCCUCCUCAAGAGACUUGGCCCUAAUUGAAGAGCUUGUAAGACACAAAGCAGACGUCAAUUAUGACGAUGGAAAAGCUAUUAGUCUUGCUACCCGGCAAGCUGAUAUUCCAAUUCUCCAAUUGCUUCUCAAAUCGAAGCCAUAUUCCCACACAACCUCGGCUGCUCUACCUUUGACAUUCGAAUCUACGGGAAGUAGGCAUUCGACAACACUUCAAAUGAUAGACCUUCUCCUUGCUAAUGGCAAGGAAGAAAGACCAGUCCUUCAGGCUUUCCAGAUAGCGGUAAACGGCGGUCCCCAGAACCUCGACAUAAUUAACCGUCUCCUCGGUACUGACCCGAGAUUAUUAGGCCCCGGGUUUCAGUAUGUUAUCGCUUUACAAGAUCGCCAAAAGAAAAUCCCAAUCUUAGGUGUUCUUCUCAACCUGGGCGUUGCUCAAGAGUAUCUUGAUAGAGCACUUGUGGCUGAAGUACAUCAAGCUCUGAGCCAAAAUGACACAGCCGUUCUUCAAGUCCUACUCGAGCAUAGAGCCUCCGUCAAUUUUAACGAUGGCGAAGCUUUGAGUAUUGCCGUAGCUUCUGGGUCAGACGAGCUUAUCCGAAUCCUAUUGGGAGGAAAGGAGAUUCCAUCAAAGCCAAGUAUCACGAAGGCAUUCCGUUCUCUCUUCCAUGAUUCUGUGGCCCAAGGGAACACCAGAGCAAGGAAUCGACUCGGAAUCGCAACAGAGCUCCUCCUUCGAGGGGUCCAGCAAUCUGUCAUAGACUCGGCUUUACGGAGCGUACUCGACCCGGCGAAUCAAGACCAUGAAACGGAGGCAGUCAUUGGCUUGCUUCUUGACUAUAGAGCUAACGUCAACGUAGCUGAUGGGGCAUGCUUCGUCUCCGCUGCACGACGGAGGGACCUGAACAUUUUUGCAAAAUUACUUGCACACGAACCCGACUUUAAUGCUCUCGUUCCGGCUCUAAUUCGUGCGAGGCUUGACGAAUCUGUCAUUUUCAAGGCAAUGCAAUUGUGCUUGGAUCAAGGAUGUACAUCAGAACACCUUGAGAUUCUUAAUCGUGGCCCGUUCAAAACACCCGCCAUGGUCUUGGUCUUGCAAGAGUACCCUCGUAGUGAGAGCCUCGUUAAGCUUUUCCUUGAUCAUGGCUGCAAUCCUGAUGUCACUACACUCUAUGUUCUUGAGCCAGCGGUAGGUGAAGAGAGUGUAACGGCUCUAGUAUGGGCAUUGGCGCAACCGCAAAAGAUGGUCUCGAUUCCAGUUGUAGUGGCGUUGUUGAAUGCAGGAGCAUCCCCAACUCGCUCCGCUUCUAAGUCCGAGCUCAGUCCGAUCACGCUCGCCGCUCGUGAAGGCCGCUCGGGCAUCAUCCAAGAGCUGAUUAGACGAGGGGCAGAUGCCUCUGUCCGUGAUAAGUGGAAUCGGUCCGCGCUAUUCUAUGCCAGUAGGACCUCACUCACCUCCAUCGUACAAACCCUAUCAGCCCACGCUCUCAAAGACGAUGGGAGUCUGCACGAGGCAGUUAGAUGCUUACAACUAGAGGUCGCUACUAUCCUCAUUAAGAGUGGAAGGCAUAAUCCUAAUUUUCCCUGUCGCCUCCACAAUGGACGAAACGCCUUGGGAGAACUUUGUCUAAACGCAGAUGUCACAAAUGGCGCCCAACGCACCAAGCUCCGCCAACUAAUUAGCCUCCUCCUUUCCAACGGCGCAAAUCCCAAAUUCAAAACGCGCAAUGAGAAAUCUGCCAUCUUCCUCGCCCUCGACAACCCCCAUUCCCCACUCGACGUUACGGAUGCUCUGCUCGAAACUGAAGUAUGGGAAGAUGUCAACGACGAAAGACACAUGUACCGUGACGCGGCCGGACUGUGGUACUCGCCUAUCAAAUACGUCGAACUAGUCCCGAGCCACAGCCGCAACCGCUACAAGCAAGAGCUCAUCGAGUUGCUUCAGGACAAAGGAUGUGAACCUAAAUACUACUCCGAGAACGCCGAGCAACCAAUUGGUGCGGUUGGCAUACCCGUGCCUAUCAAGAAGCUUGCAGACCGGCAAAAGGAACACCAGCUCUCUCUCAAGCUGGCAAAGGAACAAAGCGAGCAUGCUCGCAUGCUAGAGGAGUCGACGCAUCGAGACGCGCUACGGCGGAAACAGGAACAACAGGAUGCGGAAAUGGCGGCUGCGGCCGCAGCACAGGCGCAGUGGACAACACUCGAAUCACAAAAACACGAAUUUGAGAUGCACCGCGUGCGCGAGGCCGAACGGAUGAAGAGGCAGGAGAAAGUGGCAUGGCAUACUCUGCAGGUGGAGCAGGAGCGCAACUUCGCUGCCGAACGACUGCAGAUCGAGGAUCGCAAGGCUAGCGCUAGCUUUGCGCAAGAGGCGAGGUUGAUUAAGCAGAGGAAAGACGAGAUAGAGUAUAGAGCGAGUGUAGAGAGGCGAAUGCUGAAGGAGAAGGAGGAGUUGUAUGAGAGGAAUGUUAGCAGGCAGGUUGCGGUAACUGAGAGGAUGGAUGAGUCGGCCCAGUUGCAUGCGAGGUUGAGGAUGGAGAGGCCAGCGAUCGAGGGGGCGCCGAGCUGGGGACCAGAUUGAGAUCUUGUGGCUUGGUUCGAUUUGGAUUAAGCGUUUGGGCUUUUGUUUCAUAACCUGGGUUUGGGUGGGAUGCUGGAAUUGAACGAGUAUAUGAUGUCACGGCCGUCAUUCUACUUCAUCCG